UAUAAAGACUGGGUCAAGAACCGAACUUGAGAUCAGAGAAUGGAGAGUAAGGGCAACUGCAAGGUUUGUGUCACUGGAGGUGCCGGUUACAUCGGUUCAGCCCUGGUUCACUCACUUCUACAACAUGGUUACACUGUCCAUGCUACUCUAAGAAACCUCGGUGAUGAAUCAAAGGUGGGACUUUUGAAAAGUUUUCCAUAUGCAGAAGAAAGGCUUCAUUUGUUUGAAGCUGAUAUUUGCAAGCCAGAAGAGUUUGAAAAAGCAAUACAAGGCUGUGUUUUUGUUUUCCAUGUGGCAUACCCCAUUUUUCACAAUACUGGCAGCUACAAGUCCAACAAUGUCGUUGAGGUGACAAUCCGUGCGGUUAAGAAGAUCGCCGAGGCAUGCAUACGCUCAGGGACAGUGAAGCGGCUCAUCUACACUGCUACCGUUGGUGCAGCCUCACCGUUAAAAGAUGACGGGAGUGGUUAUAAGAACACCAUGGACGAGAGUUGUUGGACACCCCUUCAUAUCGAUGUCCCUUACGCCGAAGGCUUCUUUAAGGACUACACAGAAGCCAAAACAAAAUCAGAGCAAGAAAUCUUGAAAAUUGGGGAAGAGAAAGCAAAUGAGUUGGAGGUGGUGACACUAGGUUGUGGGAUGGUGGGUGGUGGAGGAUGUCUACCAUACCCAUCAACAAGUGUGUUAUUGUUGAUAUCACAAGUUGCUAACAAUGCCACAAAUUACCGAUCACUAAGGUACUCGGAAGAAUUGGUAGGGAAGAUUCCAAUCGUUCACAUCGAGGACGUUUGUCGAGCACAUAUCUUUUGUGCGGAGACACCGUCGGUAACUGGAAGAUUCUUAUGUGCUAGCUCGUAUGUAACAAGUGCAGAAAUUGCGAAAUAUUAUUUAAAAACCUACCCACAAUUGAACCAAGAGUAUCUGGAAGAUAAUGAGAGAGAAAUCAAAUGGGGAUCGAGGAAGCUCGAGGAUAAAGGUUUUGCUUACAAACAUAGUACUGAGACGAUCCUAGAUGAUAGUCUUGAAUGUGUAAAGAGAUCAGGCAUUAUCUAGAAAUAACUUAUGUUAAAAAAAAAAAACAGAGUUCUUGAUUAUUGGGUGUAAAUUCAAGAAAAGAGAUUCCAAAUCUUCAUUCUCUUUGAUGGUCUUAGCUUCUAAAUAAACAAGUGUGGUUGUAAUUA